AUGGCUUUUUCUUGUCUGUUGAUGGUCCUCCUUGUGUACUUCAACGGUGCCCUUUCAGUACUUUCAGAUGUUCCUGAGACAUAUGAGUACAUUGUAGUGGGAUCCGGUCCAGGUGGCGGUCCGCUCGCUGCCAAUCUUGCCCGGGAAGGGCACUCAGUCUUGCUCAUUGAGGCUGGUGAUGACCAAGCAGACAACAUCAACUCAUAUAUGGUCUACAACAAUACACCGGCUAUCAAUGAUCCACUCACGCGAUGGGACUUCUUCGUAACGCGAGACACGCCAGAGAUUGACAACCUCUACGACUUCACAACUUGGAAUACAACUGACGGCGACUUUUACGUUGGGUUGGAUCCACCUUCUGGCUCUACACGACUUGGAGUUUACUAUCCACGAGCUGGCGUACUUGGCGGCUGCGCUAUGCAUAACGCGGCUACGAUCUCUUUGCCUGCAGAUGUGGACUGGCAGGACAUCGCCGAUCUGACUGGAGAUGAGACAUGGUCGCCAGCGAAUAUACGCAAGUAUCUUGUCAGACUAGAGCGAUGCAACUACCUUGUCAACGGAAGUACUGCAUCUCACGGUUUCACGGGAUAUCUUGACACUUCUCAGAGUGACUAUUCCUGGGCUCUCAAUGAGUCGGAUGUGUCUACACUGGCUACGUAUGCGUCCACAGCUCUCGGGUAUCCGCCAGGAAUCAACUCCACUGAGCUUGCUAUGUUACUGGGGAGGGACAUCAACUCGGACGAUGUGGAACGCGAUAACCUCCUCGGGGUGUUUACCCCUCACACCCACUCUCGGAAUGGCGUGCGGUCCAGUCCAAGUAAUUACAUUCGGGCGACUAUGGAUGACGAGAGAAAGUUCCCAUUGACACUCCAGCUAAACACCCCUGCAACGAAGAUCAUAUUCGAAAAGCCCACAAACGGAAACACGGCACCACGGGCUAUAGGAGUCGAGUACCUUCAAGGUCAAAGCCUUUACUCAACAGAUCCUCGUCAUGACCCUUCCCAGGUCGGUGUACCUGGCAAAGCCUUUGCGUCGAAAGAGGUCAUCAUCGCUGGUGGUGUCUUCAACACCCCGCAGCUUCUCAAACUCAGCGGUGUCGGCCCAGCGGACGAGUUGGCGAAGUUUGACAUCCCUGUCGUCACAGACCUUCCGGGUGUCGGCAUGAACAUGCACGACAACCUCGAGGGAGUCAUCUACGGCACGUUCGAAAAGCCAGUGGUUGGAUUCUGGGAUAUGUUCAUGCGGACCUCAGUUGCCGAGCGCACGCGGGAUAUACACUUCUACUGCGGGAGCUUCAACUUCAUCGGCUUCUUCCCGGGUAUGCCGGGUUGGGCGGAGAACGAGUCUGAGUGUGGCUUCAUGCAGCUCCAUCCGCGAAACAUCAACGGCACCGUCAAGCUAAGAUCCACCGAUCCCCGUGAGGCUCCCAACAUACAUUGA